AUGCAGCGUUGGUUCUUUUUGGAAGACCCCAGCUUCGCGGGCAUUCGUCCUGGAAAAGUGGAAUCAAAGAUAUCGAGCACUUCUCUGAAAUCGACCGAGUACACUCCGAAGAAUUGGCUGUUUCGUGUCUGCGUACCUGAUCUACGAUCGGAUGAAACUGUCUGCGUGAUAGGCGAAUUGCCAGAGCUGGGCUCUUGGCAUCCAGAGAAAUGCGUGCCUCUCACCAAAGAAGAGGACGACAGCAACGAAAACGUUUGGUCAGGUAUUAUUGAAAUUCCCGAAAAGAAGAAAGUACAAUUUAGGUAUUGCAUAUGUGUGAUUAUCGAGCAAAAUAUCCAGGUGAUUGUCAAAAGCUGGGAGGCCAAUUUAUUACCGAGAGAAAUUAAUUCUGAAUCUGGCAUUUCACCUAAAUUGGAAGAUCCUCCGCAUGAUUACGGAUUUUAUGAUGAUUCUCAAAGAAUUGAUAGAGGAUGGCUGAAUAAGGAGACUGUCAUACAGCUAAAAUUGUGUAACAAUCCUCUUGUACUAUUCAGACAAAAGUAUCAAAACAGAUUGGUUAACAUAAAAGUAACGCCUGUUAGUUUGACCAGGCACAGCAAUUUUCCAAAGUCAAUGUCUGAGGUACUGGAAGAAUCAUUGAGUGCAGACACGCAGGAUUCUGUAGAAAUUCCUCGACACGCCUUUACCGAAGUGUCUAGUCUCAAUGGCGAAGAUCCGACUUUUCAGCCUCAAAACCAAUUUGGACAUGAACUCCACAAGGACGACAUGCUCAUUUUCCAAUCCAGAGUUUUGUUUCCAUCUAAUAUUGCUUUUUUGAUUGAUCUCUACAUAUACAGCAGCAGAAGUGGCGACGGCGAGCCCCCUUAUCAUGCGGGUUUCAGCUACUUGCUACCCUCUGUGCUCCAGACCUCCGAAGGCAAUGUAGUAUUACCAGUGACAAGUACAAAGCACCGUCCUUUAGGACAAAUUAGAAUAGAAUAUUUAUUGAUUGGACCAAUGCCGAAUUUCAAAUGUGAUAUGAUGGUCUCUUUCGCUAGACAUUGGAAGAAAACCAGACAGGGUUUGGAUGUCGGCCAUAGGGGCUCAGGUUCUAGCUUUAAGGCAAAAGUUCAAAAUUGCGCUGAGGUCAGAGAAAAUACUAUAGCAAGUUUGAAGAACGCUAUCGAACACGGGGCUGAUUUCGUCGAGUUUGAUGUACAAUUGAGCAAAGAUUUAGUGCCUAUUAUAUACCAUGAUUUUCACGUAUGCAUAUCUAUGAAGAAGAAGAAGGAAUUAGCGGAUAAUGAUAUGCUGGAAAUACCGCUCAAAGAACUAACUUUGGAUCAAUUGAGACUAUUAAAGGUAUACCAUUUGACUGAAGGCAAAACUAAGAAUCAAAGAUUUUUCGAUGAAGAUUUGGAGGACCACCAACCUUUUCCAACCCUUCAGCAGGCUUUAGAAACGUUGGACACCCAUACAGGCUUCAACAUAGAAAUCAAAUGGACCAUGCAAAUGAAUGAUGGUACUUACGAAUUGUACCAUCCCACAGAUCUCAAUUUAUACUUGGAUACCAUCCUGGACGUGGUGCUUCGGUACGCGGGCGACAGAAGAAUAAUUUUUUCCUGCUUCAAUCCCGACAUAUGCCAGGUGAUUAGAAUGAAGCAGAACAAGUAUCCCGUCAUGUUCUUGACCGUGGGAGAGAGUACAGUAUACUCGAAGUACAAGGAUCCUCGUUGUUGGUCCAUCUAUUCAGCCGCUCAGUAUGCCAGGAUGAUCGAAAUUUUGGGAAUCAACGUGCAUUCGGAAGAUCUUUUAAGAGACGCUAACUUGGCGAAGCACGCCACAUCUAACAAUCUAAUCAUCUUCUGCUGGGGCGACGAAAACGCCGACCCGGCGACCAUCAAGCGUUUGAAAGAGAUGGGCCUACACGGUAUCAUCUACGACAAAAUACACGAGUACAGCAACAAGGAGGUGAAGGAGAGCAUCUUCAUGGUCGAGGCGAGAGAAACGCAAAAGGAAAUCAUGCUUUUGGCGGCGGCGGCGUCGGAGGCGCCGCAAAGCCCGCCGCCUCAGUCCAUCAUCAAGGAGCCGGUCAUGGACUUCGAAUUGAUGAAGACCCAAUUGGGCGAUGUCAUGUCGACGGCGACGUCUCUCGAGUCUCUCGAAAGUCGCUUUUCGAAUAUGGAGAACUUCCAGAAUCAAACUACUGGUUAA